GACAACCUCGAAGGAUGACAACUUCUGCAUCGGCUCGAGGAAGAAACGAGUCAAACUUCUAGAAGAUGUACGAGAGACCGCAUCCCUGGCGGCAAGGAGUUCUCCAAAAUACGAGUCAUAGAUCCACUAAUACUGGAUACCUAAGACUAGAAACAAAUGUCCGUCCGAGCCCGAACAACAAGACCAGACGAGCGCCAGAGUCUUGGACAACAUCAUUGAAAAUGAUCUUCAAAUAAAAAAAUUGAGAGAAAAAGAUAGAUGGACAGCUGACAGAAGCCCGUCGGUUGGAUUGGAUAUUUUGGGUGGUUUACUCUCUGUUCCCAUGACGACAGAGCAAAAGAGGAAAACUAUAAACUAAAAAGAAAAACAAAGAAGAAAAGUUUCCCUGGUUCCAUACGGAUUGGCUUUGGCCCCUGGUUUUGCCAUUCCUUCCAUACAGUCCUCCCCCCAUUACCAUGUUCUCCAUCACCUGCCGUUUCCCCCUUACCUUCUUCCUUUAUAUUCUUCUUCCACCGCCAUUUCCAACUUGGUUAUAUCCAUUUUUCCAAUCCUCCUACCACCCCCUUUUCUCGAUUCCAGAGCCAAAAUCCCCAGUUUCUUCUAUCUCUAACCAGAAUUCCAUUCCCCACUAGCUUGACCCACUCCAAAGUUGCAGUCUUUAAUCCCCCCUCCUUCUGGGUUUCGCGUUCCCAAUCAACCCUUUACUUCUGAGAUUUGGGUUUGUUGUCGGAGAAGGAGAAAGCUCCCGUUUUUCCCCCCCGUUUUAGCUAGCAAGUAGCAACUGUAAUGACGAUUGAAGCUGUAGCAGAGGCGAGGAGCGACCCCAUAGCUAGGCAAGUGAAGAGGGUUGGAUAUGCGGGGCAGAGAGUUGUGGAGAGAAGGAGAGGUUGUAAGAAGAAGGUUAAGAGGUCAUCAUCGCCACCUCACGGCUCUUCAAAAUCAGUGACGCUCCAGAAUCUCUUCCAGUCUUGUAAAGACGUGUUCAAAGGUCCUGGCACGAUUCCUCUGCCACCUGAUGUGGAUAGACUGUGCCACAUACUUGACAAUAUGCAGCCAGAGGAUGUUGGCCUAAGCAGCAAGUUGCAGUUCUUUAACCCUAAUAAUAAUAAUGCUCUAGUCGUCCAAGGCACUGUGAAUCGUCCUAGAGUCAAAUACACCACCAUUUACAAAUGCACCAACUUCUCUUUGUGCAUUUUCUUUCUCCCUGCUGGUAGUGUCAUCCCACUCCACAACCAUCCAGGAAUGACAGUCUUCAGCAAACUCUUGCUAGGAGAAGUCCACAUCAAAUCUUACGACUUAGUUGGCUGCCAGCCGGCUUCGAGUUCAAAACUGAGGCUGGCGAGUUUGGUAGCAGAUAAGGUCUACCAAGCUCCAUGUGAUACGUCGGUACUGUAUCCAACCACAGGAGGCAACAUUCAUCAGUUUGUAGCAGUUACUCCUUGUGCGAUGCUUGACGUGCUCGGUCCUCCCUAUUCCAUGGAAGAUGGCCGGGACUGCUCUUACUACCGGGAUUUCCCUUACCAAGACUUCUCCAGGAAUUGGGAAGGGGAAGAGGGAAUGUUGAUGACAGAAGAGGAAGGCAGAGGGUAUGGAUGGUUGGAAGAGGUUGAAAUGCCUGAGGAUUCACAAAUGGAUGGAAUUGAGUAUUUAGGUCCGCAGGUUGUUGAGAAUGGAACCUGUUUCUGCUGAUUGAAUAGCCUGAAAUGAUGAAAACGUUCUUCUUUUCUUUGGUCAUGUCGGGGGUCUCCAUUCUUCUGUUUCUCCUGCAUGUACCUUUUGCAAGCUAGUUAGAGAGAGGGUCAAAAUAGAAAUAGCAAAAAGAAAAAGAGUUGCUCCUUUUUUUCUUCUUCUUGUUUGGGUGUACAGUUUGGGAAGUUGGUUUUGGGGGCUGGUCCUAGAGAAAGAAAGGCAUGACAUGAGUCAUUCACGGCCUGUAGUGUGAAUCCGACCACGACUUGAGGCAUCUGUUUGUGACUUUUCCCCAUAGAAUUUGAGGAUGGUAUCUGCAAGAGAAGCCCCCAGUUAUCUGUCUAUUAAGUAGUGAUGGCAAUUUCAACUCGCCCCGCGGGUAUUACUCGACUUGACCCGUGAUGGGAUAGGUAUUAUCUGACCCGCAAUAGCGUGAGGCGGGACAUGGGUAUCUACUUUCGACCCGCCCUGCCUUGCCCCGCCCCAUUCUAGACUCAUUUUAUCUCAAUUUCUUACAAUUUUUAUACAUAUUCUCCUAUUUUGACUUUUCUUCAAUUAGUUAGAGUCGCUCUUUCAACUUGUUAGACUCAAUUACUCAUUCUAUUAUUACUAUUUUUCAUUCUUAAAGUGUUUUUCCCUUCGUUUUAUCGUAAAAAGUAAUUUAUUUGUAUUUUUUUGAAUAACAUGUAAGAGUCGAUCGACCCGCCCCGUACCCGCGCGGGUUUUACCCGCCCCGUAAUAGCGUGGGGCGGGGCAUGGGAAUUGAGGUACCCGCCCAGCCCCGCUCCAUUGCCAUCACUACUAUUAAGGCUGCAAAUGAGUCAAGCCGUUUGCGAGCAACUCAGCGGUCGAAUCGAAAAAAACUCGUUCGAUACUCGAAUCGUUAAUUAACAAGCUGUCUCGCGAGCUGACUCGUUAGUAAAUGAGCCAAGGUUGAGCUAGAUCAUUCUCAGUUUGAUAAGCUCGUGAGCUAGCUUGACUCGGUAGCUUGUUGAGCUAAGCUCGUGAACUGACUUGUUUAGAGCUUGUGGAAUGAUCAAUUACUCUCUUGAAUAUACAUUAUCGUAAUAC